ACACCCAUAUUUACAUGGUCCACUGGCACUGGAUAGGCCUACAUCCUUGCUGGUGAAACAGUAAAAGGCUACUGGCUUUGGGAUACAGUCCUGCAUUACUUCAAACACUCAAAGUUUGAUUUAAUAGAAUUGCAAACUUUGGGAGGAACAAUGCGUUUUUUCACAAAAAUCCAUCCUUCCAUCACUCUGCCACUUUUUGGAAUCGUACUUUUGGGAGUCCUGGUUUUAACAUAUUGUUACUCAUCAUUUGGUGAGGUGAAAAAUAAGGAUGUCAGAAUUCUAGAAGUUUUGGGGUUGUGUCAGCAGGACCCUGUCAAUUUCAGGCGGGAAAACUGUAGUUGUAGGACCCGGGACAUGCUGUCCCCACAGGGACUCCUGUAUAAGCAGCCCAGUGUGUUAAAGGGGCGCACCAAUGUGGUAACUGUUACUCCUUGGUUGGCACCAAUUGUCUGGGAAGGCACCUUUAAUCCCUUGAUUGUUGACAGCAUUUACAAGCCUAUGCACCUCAGCAUUGCCACAACUGUCUUUGCUGUUGGCAAGUAUGUGCGCUUCCUGCGUGACUUCCUAGAGACUGCCGAGAAGCAUUUCAUGGUGGAUUUCAAAGUGCACUACUACAUCUUCACUGACCGGAGGGAAGAUGUGCCAGCGGUGGUCCUCGCUCCCGGUAGAAAUGUAACCAUCAUCCCAGUCCCUGGCUCCAACCGCUGGCAGGAGAUCUCCUCCAGGAGGAUGGAGAUGAUCCAGACCGCCAUCGAGAACCAGAUAGGCAAGGAGGCGGACUACAUCUUUUGCUUGGAUGUGGACACGAAGUUCCACGGACGGUGGGGGGCAGAAACAUUGAGCAGGCUGGUGGCCACUAUUCACCCAGGUUACUAUGAGCAGACCCACGAGCACUACCCUUACGAACGCCGUCCUGCCUCGCGGGCCUACAUCCCCGCGGGGGAAGGAGACUACUACUAUGGAGGCGCCACCAUCGCUGGCUAUGUGAGGGACGUGCACAAGCUGACAAAGUACUGCCGCAAGCAGCUGGAGGCCGAUGCCGCCAACUCCAUCGAGGCGGCAUGGCAGGAGGAAAGCCACCUGAACAGAUAUCUCCUUUACAACAAGCCCACUAAGAUUCUGUCUCCGGAAUACCUGUGGCAGGACUUCAAGGCCAAGAACAACGAGGUGCAAAUAAUCCGCUUCUCUCAGGUCAACAAGAACUAUGCAGAGGUUCGGCCCAACGUGAAGAAAAGAAAGUAAUGCUGUGGCCAGUGUCACACCAAGAUUCAGGAUCUAGGCCAGGGAGGAGGAUGCUGCUAUUUGUAUACAUUGAAGGUGGCUGGAUCAGUAAACAAGCUUAUGUUGUUCCGUUUUUCUCUCAAUUAGUUUAUAUCCUUUACGGCUAAAGAUGUAUUAUAGACAUGAAGGGCUGUUUCCAUGUAGAAAUGUUUGUCAUAGGAGCAGAAGUGAGGAUAGAGGGUGAGUUUGUGAAAUGAAUGUGCAAUUAAUACUGAUAAUACAUGAUAUUUGUGAUAUUUGUGUUACUUGUGUCAUUCUUUGUUUUUAUAUAUAUAUAUAUAUAUAUAUAUAGCUCAAGCCAGCGCAUGUCCAGGCCCAUCUGAAGUUUUCCAAUGACCAUAUGGAUGAUCCAGAGGAGGAAUGGGAGAAUGGGUCAUGUGGUCUGAUGAGACAAAAAUAGAGCUUUUUGGUCUAAACUCCACUCGCCGUGUUUGGAGGAAGAAGAAGGAUGAGUACAACCCCAAGAACACCAUCCCAACCGUGAAGCACGGAGGUGGAAACAUCAUUCUUUGGGGAUGUUUUUCUGCAAAGAGGACAUGACGACUGCACCGUAUUGAGGGGAGGAUGGAUGGGGCCAUGUAUCGCGAGAUCUUGGCCAACAACCUCCUUCCCUCAGUAAGAGCAUUGAAGAUGGGUCGUGGCUGGGUCUUCCAGCAUGGCAACAACCCGAAACACACAGCCAGGGCAACUAAGGAGUGGCUCCGUAAGAAGCAUCUCAAGGUCCUGGAGUGGCCUAGCCAGUCUCCAGACCUGAAACCAAUAGAAAAACUUUGGAGGGAGCUGAAAGUCCGUAUUGCCCAGCGACAGCCCCGAAACCCGAAGGAUCUGGAGAAGGUCUGUAUGGAGUAGUGGGCCAAAAUUCCUGCUGCAGUGUUUGCAAACCUGGUCAAGAACUACAGGAAACGUAUGAUCUCUGUAAUUGCAAACAAUGGUUUCUGUACCAAAUAUAAAAUGCUAAUGAAUUACUUAAAAAUCAUACAAUGUGAUUUUCUGGAUUUUUGUUUUAAAUUCCGUCUCUCACAGUUGACGUGUACCUAUGAUAACAAUUACAGACCUCUACAUGCUUUGUAAGUAGGAAAACCUGUCAAAUCGGCAGUGUAUCAAAUACUUGUUCUCCCCACUGUGUGUAUAUAUAUAUAUAUAUUGCUCUCCGGAAAUAGGGUUGGAGAACCCUGCCUUAAUUCAACGUCUGUACCGCAUCAGAAUCCAAAAUAUAAGCUUGUUGUUCUCCAUCUUUUAUAAACAAUGUAAUCAUAAAAACAACAGCACUGUAUUGUCUCAAAACAUGGUUAAAACUAUCAUUUUGAUCUCAUCGAUGGUCAAUGUAUGAAUUUGAGAGCAUGUAUUGAUUUAUAUUAUCCUUUUCCCUCUGUAUUACUUGUGACCCGCACAAACACUUGCUGUGGCAUCUCCCUUGGGUCCAUUCACCAUUUGUUGAAUUAAUAUGAAUAUCAAAGGCAUCAUUAUGACCAACACAGGUGCACGCAGGUACACACAGUUGCAUACAGUUGUGGAUAACUUACGUACGCACAAAUAUCAUACCCCCCCAAAAAAGACACUAACCUCCCUUGUUAUUGUAAUGGUGAGAGGUUAGUAUGUCUUGGGGUAUGAUAUUUGUGCAUCUGUAACUUUCUCACUUAUCAUUAUUCACGAUUCACUCAGGAUCAUCUGUAAACAUGGUGCCAUCCCCAUUAAUGUAGAAGUGUUUAGAAACAUAUUCUAUUCUUAUUCUUAUUUACAAUAAAAGUGAUUCCGAAAUUACACAAUA